GAGCCCGAGCGACAGCCGAGUAGGCGGCGGGACUGGCCGGACAAAUUUCCUGCUAGGCUGCGGGCAGCGGGAGGCAAGCGGGGUCGCAGGCGGCGCCAGGACCCUGCUGCCUGCACGCGUCCCCUCUACGUUCCUUCGCGCCAGGCGGUGACCGCGGGGAGCCCAGGAGGGCGGCGGGUGGCUGCCUAGGAGAUGCGGAGCUGCAGCGGCGCGAUUCGCGCGACAGCACCAGCCUCCCAGAGACUAUAGCCAUUGAUCUACCUUGGUUCGCCAUGGAGCCCUUCUGUCCUCUCCUGCUGGCUGGUUUUAGCUUGCCACUUGCCAGGGCCAGCAAGGACAACGAGACCACCCCAACAGAGAGCAACUGGACCACCACAACCACAGGCCCUCCGGACACUGACACCUCGAAGCCACUGCUCACCUGGCUGCUGUUGUCUGUGCUACUGCUCCUCCUCCUGCUUCUCGUCGCCGCCUACUUCUGCAGGUUCAGGAAACAGAGGAAGGCGGUGGUCAGCAGCAACGACAAGAAGAUGCCCAACGGGAUCUUGGAAGAGCAAGAGCAGCAGAGAGUGAUGCUGCUGAGCAGGUCCCCCUCAGGACCCAAGAAGUACUUUCCCAUCCCGGUGGAGCACCUGGAGGAGGAGAUCCGUGUACGCUCUGCUGACGACUGCAAGCAGUUCCGAGAAGAGUUCAAUUCGUUGCCAUCCGGACACAUACAAGGAACUUUUGAACUAGCAAACAAAGAAGAAAACAGAGACAAAAACAGAUACCCCAACAUCCUUCCCAAUGACCAUUCCAGGGUGAUUCUGAGCCAAGUGGAUGGAGCUUCCUGCUCAGACUACAUCAAUGCGUCCUACAUAGAUGGCUACAAAGAGAAGAAUAAAUUCAUAGCAGCUCAAGGCCCUAAACAGGAGACUGUGAACGACUUCUGGAGAAUGGUCUGGGAGCAGAAAUCUGCCACCAUCGUCAUGCUGACAAACCUGAAAGAGAGAAAAGAGGAAAAGUGCUAUCAGUACUGGCCCGACCAGGGAUGCUGGACCUACGGCAACAUCCGGGUGUGCGUGGAAGACUGUGUUGUGCUAGUAGACUACACAAUCCGGAAAUUCUGCAUCCAACCCCAGCUUCCCGACGGCUGCAAGGCUCCGCGGCUAGUCUCACAGCUGCACUUCACCAGCUGGCCUGACUUCGGGGUGCCGUUCACCCCCAUCGGGAUGCUGAAGUUCUUGAAGAAAGUGCGUGCGCUCAACCCCUCCCACGCGGGGCCCAUCGUGGUCCACUGCAGUGCGGGUGUGGGCCGGACGGGCACUUUCAUCGUGAUCGACGCCAUGAUGGAUAUGAUACACUCAGAGCAGAAGGUGGACGUCUUCGAAUUCGUGUCCCGAAUCCGCAAUCAGCGCCCCCAGAUGGUCCAAACGGAUGUACAGUACACGUUCAUCUACCAAGCCUUACUGGAGUACUACCUCUAUGGGGACACGGAGCUGGAUGUGUCCUCCCUGGAGAGGCACCUGCAAAGCCUGCAUGGCACCACCACCCACUUCAACAAGAUCGGGCUGGAGGAGGAGUUCAGGAAACUGACCAACGUCCGGAUCAUGAAGGAGAACAUGAGGACAGGCAACUUGCCGGCCAAUAUGAAGAAGGCCAGGGUCAUCCAGAUCAUCCCUUACGACUUCAACCGAGUAAUCCUUCCCAUGAAGAGGGGUCAAGAAUACACGGACUACAUCAACGCGUCCUUCAUAGACGGGUACCGGCAGAAAGACUACUUCAUUGCCACCCAGGGUCCCUUGGCACACACGGUCGAGGACUUCUGGAGGAUGGUCUGGGAGUGGAAGUGCCACACGAUUGUGAUGCUGACAGAGGUGCAGGAGCGAGAGCAGGACAAAUGCUACCAGUAUUGGCCAACAGAGGGUUCAGUCACUCACGGAGAAAUAACAAUCGAAAUAAAAAGUGAUACUCUUUCUGAAGCCAUCAGCAUACGAGACUUCCUGGUGACCUUCAAUCAGCCACUGACCCGCCAAGAGGAGCAGGCCCGCAUGGUGCGCCAGUUCCACUUCCACGGCUGGCCCGAGAUCGGGAUUCCAGCCGAGGGCAAAGGCAUGAUCGACCUCAUCGCAGCUGUGCAGAAGCAGCAGCAGCAGACAGGCAACCACCCGAUCACAGUGCACUGCAGUGCGGGAGCUGGGCGAACAGGUACAUUCAUUGCCCUCAGCAACAUUUUGGAACGUGUAAAAGCUGAGGGACUCUUAGAUGUGUUUCAAGCUGUGAAGAGCUUACGACUUCAGAGGCCACACAUGGUGCAAACCCUGGAACAGUAUGAAUUCUGCUACAAAGUGGUACAAGAUUUUAUUGAUAUAUUUUCUGAUUAUGCUAAUUUCAAAUGAAGAAUCCGGCCUUAAAAUAUUUUUUAAUUUAAUGGUCAGUAUAUUUUGUAAAAAUUAUGUUAAUUUAUUUCAUAGUUGACAUUAAUAUCCUUCCUAAUUUCUUUGUAUAUAUUUUGCUAUGUUUUAAAGGUCACCUGCUAUAAAGUUAUUACAUCUUAAAUACCCUUUAAAAAUUGGAAUAAUGUAUUAAGAUUAAAUAAUAUCCCGUAAGAUAGAUGUACUGUAUUUCUACUAAUAUCAGUAAAUAUCUUAAUUCUUUAUUAAGUUCAUGUCAUGUAAGGUCACAUCACGCAUCUCUAAAUCUUCUAUCUCUUACAAUGCCGUGUGUGAGUAAGCCAGACACUAAACAUGAAAUUCAAGCAAACAGCCAAGACCUUAGAAAUCAGCUGAUAACUCACUUUCCACACCGGAUUUUACAACCUGGAGCAGCUGCACCAUUUAUUGAAAGCCAGUGAAACUAGGGACUUUGGUGACAUCCUCAGUUGCGGACAUGUGAUUUAACUUUACUGAAGACUUUCCAUCCUGAAUCCAGUUCUAAGACUCAUUAGUCACAGGCUGCGUAGC